ACCUUUUUUAGGACAAAACAAAUUUAUUUAUGUCCCAACUUGAAUGCAAAACAAAAUAAAUAAAAUUAUAACUUUUGCAACUUAAUUCUCAUCUCUUACAAUAAUUAUGUUCCGCCGAGUUAGUAAAUUAUCACUUUUAACAACAAAAGAUGAUAGAAUUAAAGUUAUCAACGAACGAAUCAAUUUAACUGAAAAACAUUUGAUGGAACUAUGUACGCAUUUCGCUUCGUGCACUAGGAAAUUGGCUAAAUGCCGAAAUUCCUUUGAUGAGCUGGCCAAAGGGUUCAAAUUGUAUUCAGAAGAAGAGGAUGUUAAUGAGAGUUUGUGUGAAGGCCUAAAGAGUUUUACCAACUCAAUUACUAUUCUGGCUGAUUAUAUGGAUAUUCAGGUCCAUCGGAUGGAACUGAAAAUUGUCAAUGAACUAUCUCAAUUUGAAAAUAUUUGUAAGGCAACUCGAGAAAGCCUUCGCAUAGCAGUUCUAGCCAGGGAUAAGGAAGUGCUUCGUCAAAAACAAAUGAUGGAUAUAAAAUCGAAGUUUUCUGCUAACACAUCAGCUGCUGAUUCCGAACUUAUCAAAGCCAAGCUUGAAGUUAAUCGAACAAAUAAAGAAAUCGACGAAAUUAUUUAUAAUUUUGAAAAACGUAAACUAAAUGAUGUUAAGAAAAUUCUAAAUGACUUUGUCCUGAUUUCGAUGAAACAGCAUACAAAAGCAUUAGAAGCUUUAUCAGCGACUUGUUAUGAUAUUUCGAAUAUUGAUGAAAAUCAUGAUUUGAAAGAAUUUCAAAAACUUAUGAAAAUCGAUGAUGAUUCAAAGAAGAAAAGUUCACUAAAGAAAGGACUUCGAGCUGCACAUUCGAUGGAUAAUUUGGACAGAGAUGAUUUAAUGAGUCCGGCUAAGAAUAAGAAGCGAUUAUCGAAGAGCACUAAGAAUCUUUCAACUGAAACUCAGAGCGAUGAUGAUGAUGAUGAAGAUGAGGAUGAUGAUGACUCUGAUGCUGAGUCAAUCGAUGAAGAAGAAGAAUCCAAUAGUGAAAGUGAACAAUCUAACUCACAAGAUGAACAACAAUCAAUAGAAUCUGAAUCAGACAUCCCUGAGAAACCAAAAAAGCCCAACUUCCGAAUUGCAAAACCAAAACCUAGAACAUCAAUUGGAAUACCUAAAGAAUCUACACCAUCAACAUCAGCAUUUGCUGGUCGCAUGGUUACCGUUAGUGAAACUAAAGGCGAUCCACCAACUGCAACGCCCCGUCAAGCAAUCGAUUGCACUGGAAGAAAAAAAUCAAACUACAAUGAAUAAAGUUCUAUAAACUAAUA